UCCCAGCAACCGGCCUGGCGGCAGCGCGGCCACCAAACUGAGGAGGCGGAGCCGAGACGAGUUGGUACUGCACUCUUGACUCCUAGACCAGGUGUAAAUUUUUGAAAUUGAAGUAGGUCUACACAGUAGGAACCCAUGUCUUUUCUUGCCAAUGAGGCGAGCUCGGAGUCCAUAGCAUCUUUCUCUAAACCAGAGAACAUGGGCAGCUUUCUGCCAGAGAGCGGGUGUUAUGAGCUGCUCACCAUCAUAGGUAAAGGAUUUGAGGACUUAAUGACAGUGAAUUUAGCCAGGUACAAGUCAACAGGAGAGGAGUAUGUGACAGUACGAAGGAUCAACCUAGAAGCUUGUUUCAAUGAGAUGGUGACAUUCUUGCAGGGGGAGCUUCAUGUCUCUAAACUCUUCAGCCAUCCCAAUAUAGUGCCAUAUCGAGCCACCUUCAUCUCAGACAAUGAGCUGUGGGUCGUCACAUCAUUCAUGGCAUAUGGUUCUGCAAAGGAUCUCAUUGGCACACACUUCAUGGACGGCAUGAAUGAACUGGCGAUUGCAUACAUCCUGCAGGGGGUGCUGAAGGCUUUGGACUACAUCCACCACAAGGGCUAUGUGCACAGGAGUGUCAAGGCCAGCCACAUUCUGAUUUCUACGGAUGGGAAGGUCUUCCUGUCCGGUCUACGCAGCAACCUCAGCAUGAUCAGCUACGGGGAGCGGCAGCGUGCAGUCCAUGGUUUUCCAAAAUACAGUGUCAAGGUCCUGCUGUGGCUCAGCCCAGAAGUUCUCCAGCAGAAUCUUCAGGGUUAUGAUGCCAAGUCUGAUAUCUACAGUGUGGGGAUCACAGCGUGUGAACUAGCUAAUGGCCAUGUCCCCUUCAAGGAUAUGCCUGCCACUCAGAUGCUGCUAGAGAAGCUGAAUGGCACAGUGCCCUGCCUCCUGGACACCAGCACCAUCCCAGCCGAGGAACUGACUAUGAGCCCCUCAUGUUCCAUUGCCAACCCUUGCCUGAACGACAGCCUGGCCGCUGGCAGCCUCCGGCCUUUCAGUGGUGACUCGCCUUCCCACCCGUACCACCGAACCUUCUCCCCCCACUUCCACCACUUUGUGGAGCAGUGCCUUCAGCGCAGCCCUGAUGCAAGGCCGAAUGCCAGCACCCUCCUGAACCACUCCUUCUUCAAGCAGAUCAAGUGGCGUGCCUCGGAGGCCUUGCCCGAAUUGCUUCGCCCUGUCACCCCUAUCACCAACUUUGAGGGCAGCCAGACUCAGGAUCACAGUGGACUCUUUGGCCUGGUGACAAACCUAGAAGACCUGGAGGUGGAUGACUGGGAGUUCUGAGCCAAUGCAGCCUGCAUCCUCCAGUGGGGGUGGGGUGUGAGCCCUGGGGGCCCUUCCUGAGGAUCAGCACCUACCUCUGGGUGCAGACUGGGUAGAAAGGACAUUAUGCUGGCAGAGCUGGCUGCCAGCUGCUUGAAAGGACAUUCUGAAGAGACUUCACUGUUUUUGUGGCUUUUGAGUCACAGGGAGUCCCAGUCACCAGGGACUUGGAGAGACCGGAAAGCUGACAUCCUGUUCUGUGAGCUCGGGGACCUCCUUAGAAGGAAGAGACACUGCUUUAGCCCCGAGGCUGAAGUCCAAGCCCAGAGCUUAACUCGAGGGACCCUACACUUCCUCUUCCCCGCACUUGCUCUCCUACCAGGCUGUUCCACUCAUUUUCUGUGCCCCCAGAUCCUGU